GGGAAUUAAAAAAGGUCUGCUGAUUCAGGAUGGAGAGUUCGGCUUUUGGCAGUCAUUCAAAUGUAAAACUAAUUGUGAAGACAUUAUGGUGGUUUCCUGUAUUCAUCUCCGUUAUUUUUUCCAACUACCAGGCUAAGCUUUUUCAAGUAUUUGAAGGUUCGGUCGCGAUUGAGUUCAAACAAGUUUGUGGAUCGUCGAUAGUUGGAAGCUUCAGCAUGGAAGGAAGGAGAGAUUUGAUCAGGGUGACACUACAAUGCAAGACUUUUACAGCAAAAUGCAGGCCAAAAAUGGACAAAGUUGCGCUUGAGCUUGAACACAUUCAUGACAAAGAGAUGGCGCUAACAACACCGACGGGUGAAGACUAUUACUCUAGGCAGUGAGAUGUUUGCUUCAAAAUAGAAGGAUUCCUUCAUUCAUUUGAGCUAAAACAUAAGCUUAAAAAACCCAUCCACAUUUUUUUUUUUUUGCUUUUUUGGUUCAGCCAAAUGGAUAGUUUGGGGUUCAAAAUUGAUUGUAAAUAAAAAGAAAUGAAAUGUAGUUAUGAAUUUGAUUCUUCAAAAAAAUGAGUGAUUGAUUUAUAGACCCGAAAAUGUGUGAAUAUAUUUCUAAUAUAUUCUUUUAUCUGUAUUC